UUGAUGCUCACUUUUUCUUUGGUGCUCGUGGGAAACGGAAGCAAGUUGUUCGCUCAUCGUGCGGUCGCUGAUCGAUUGGUGUGAGCAAGUGAGUGGCUGACAGUGAAGUGUAAUUUGAGAAUUACAUAAUUUUGGAUUGUGUAUCGGUGUUUAAAAGCUUCCCGAACGCAAAAGAAACAAGCGAAAAUGGAUGUUGCUGUGAAGCAAGAAAUUAAUGGGUCCCCGUUGCCGCAGCGUCCACAGCAGCAACCGCAUGGUGGUGGUGGUGGGGGUCCCGGCCCUAUGCAAGGCAAUAAUCAAGCUGGGCCCGAUCAGCACGGCCCAGGCGGCCCGGGCGGACCGGGUGGACCCGGUGGACCAGGCGGCCCGGGUGGACCGGGUGGACCGGGAAACAAGAACAUGAACAGAAAUAAUCGCAACAAUAGCAAGAAUCGCCAGAGCAUGCCGAAUCGCAAUCGCGGUCCGGGUGGUAAUGCUGGUGGCGGCGGUGGCAAUCCCAACAAUAACGGUGGUCCCGGAAACAAUCGUCCCGGCAACAAUGGAGGAAACCCUCAACAAAUGGGAGGAGAGGAUUUCGGUCCCAAUCAGCACCAGAACCGGGGUGGCAUGCAUCGGGGCAACAACCGCGGAGGAAAUGAUAUGGAUAACAGUUUCGGCGACCGUCGGCGUGGCGGUGAAGCUUACUUUAUCAACGAGAAGCUUCGCCAGCUGGCCGGACCGCUGUUCGAAAUUCCACCGAUCGAGGCACAGGAUGUGAAAUUUUCUGGCCGCAAUCGGCUCUACGUCGGCAACCUGACCAACGAUGUGACGGAGGAAGAGCUGGUUGAUAUGUUCAAAGUGUACGGCGAGAUCAGCGAAGUGUUCAUGAACAAGGAGAAAAAUUACGCCUUUGUGCGCGUAGAUUAUCUCUCGAAUGCUGAGGCGGCAAAGCGCGGCCUCGACGGUACCACGCGCAAGAACCGUGUGCUACGCGUGCGAUUUGCCCCGAAUGCAACAGCGAUCCGCGUCAAGAAUCUGACACCGUACGUCACGAACGAGCUGCUGUACAAAGCGUUUGAAGUGUUCGGUCCGCUCGAGCGAGCCGUCGUGCAGGUGGACGAGCGUGGUAAACCGACCGGCGAGGGCAUUGUGGAGUUUAAGAACAAGCCCGGCGCAAUGGCCGCUAUACGAUACUGUACGGAGAAAUGCUAUUUCCUGACCGCGUCACUGCGGCCAGUCAUCGUGGAGCCGUACACGUACCAGGAUGACAACGAUGGGCUGCCGGAAAAGUCGCUCAACAAGAAGCAAAACGAUUUCUUGAAGGCACGCCAGCAAGGGCCGCGCUUUGCCGAGCACGGUUCGUUCGAGUUCGAGUAUGGCCAACGCUGGAAGCACAUGCACGAACUGUUCAAGCAGAAGGCCGAAUCGUUGAAGCGCGAGAUGAUCAUGGAGGAGGAAAAGCUCGAAGCACAGAUGGAAUACGCUCGAUACGAGCAGGAAACAGAGUUGCUGCGAGAGCAACUGCGCCAACGCGAAAUGGACCGCGAUCGUCAGAAGGCUGAGUGGGAAAUGAAGGAGCGCCAGGUGCAGGAGGCCCGUCAACGCAAUGACAUUCAGAUUAAAACGGAACUCGAGGAAAUGACUACCCGUAUCAAACGAUCGGAUGAAGAAUUGCAUCGCCGACAAAAAGAAAACAACAUGUUCAUGCAGAAUCGCCAGAUGAACAUCAUCGAUCCGCAGCAGCAAAUGAACGAUAUGGGUGGUAUGGGUAGUGGUGGUGAUGGGGGUGGCGGCAGUGGCAUCGAUAACCGCCGUAACUUUGAUAUGAUGAAUCAAGUUGUCGGUGGUGGUGGUGGCGGCGGCGGCGGUGGUGGCGGCAAUGGUAACUUCGGCAACAUGGAACCGACCGUCCGAGAUUACGAUCACGGUCAAAACCGACCAACUCGGUUUGAUGAUGGACCGCAACCGCAGCAGCAACAGCAGCAACAGCAGCAAAUGCAUCAACAGCAACAACAACAGCAGCGUGGAAACAAUUUCGGAGGCAAUCGUAACAAUUGGAUGAACAAUACACCAGAUCGUCGUAACAACAAUGAUGAUUUUCAAAAUAAGCGCCGACGCUUUUAAAGAGACAUUUCAGUGAAGACAUUGGUUCAUAGCGUGGUGUAAAAAUCAUCGCUGAUAUUCUCUGUUAUGUCUCUUGAGAUCAGAUCAAUACGAUCUUACUCCAUCAAAACGUGCAAACUCUUAACUACCAGUGCGAGGGACUUCAGAAACUUGUUUACGACUCCUAUCGUAUUCAACAAUUCCUUUCCUUCGUGUGAAAUGAUUUGACUUUCAAUAUGGAAACAGAGAGCGAAUUUUGACACUUUUAUGUUCAACUAUUCCCAUUGACUUGACUUUAUCCAUCAUUGUGAGUUUUUUAAAACUCUCACUAUCGUCAGGAUGUUGACGUGUGGAUAGCGUUUGUGAUUACAGGUUUACCAUUUUUCCUUCAGAUAUUUUUCACCAAAUGUAUGUGUCAAUAUCAGUUUGAUUUUAGUAAAAAACUACAAGUCCUCUUUGAAACCAUCAUUUAUUUCUAUAACCAUAAACACUUGAUCUUGAUCUCUUUGGGAUGGAAAAAAUGGGUUGUCUUCUUUUCCCGAUGAAUAAUGAAUGCCGCCACUUUUCCAGGCGGAUAGGCAUGUACUCUACUACCAACGGAAAAGAACCACAAAUAAUUUAGUAUCCUGGACAAACAAUUGUUCGAUAUAAACAAAACAAAUUAGCCAAGUAAGAUAAUAUCCCCAUCGAGGGUAGUAUAAACUUUUAUCAAUCGCUAAGGAAUAAUGUAUGUAUGUAUGACCAUUUUUAAAUUGAUCUUAUAGGAUACACUAACUCAGUGUAACAAAUAAAAGAAAAUAAAUUAACUACUGUA